AUGUUUCUAUUUAUACAAGAAUCCCCUUUUGUUUUUUCAAUUUCCCUAGUUUUAGUGAUUUGGGUAUUGUUUACUAAAUGGCGGGUUGUUUCUAAGUCUAGAAACAAAAAAAACUUACCACCAUCUCCUUGGAAGCUCCCGUUCAUCGGGAAUCUCCAUCAGCUAGGAGCGAGCCUCCAUUGCUCGCUCUUGGACUUGGCCAAGAAACACGGUCCACUAAUGCUGAUUCAUCUUGGCAGCGUGCCGAUGCUUGUAGCAUCGUCUGUAGAAGUAGCUGAAAAAAUCUUGAAAACCCAUGAUUUAAUCUUCUCUAGUAGACCCCAAUUGAAAGUUCCUAAUGCACUUUUUUAUGGUUCCAAGGAUAUAGCAUUUUCUCCGUACGGAGAGUAUUGGAGACAGCUUAAGAGCAUUGCAGUGGUCCACCUUUUAAGUAAUAAACGCGUAGUAUCCUUUAAAAAAGUCAGGGAAGAAGAGACGGCUCUUUUGAUUCAAGAGAUUAGAGAAAGUUGUGGUUCCGUAGUUAAUUUAAGUGAGCUAACAGUGUCGUCUACAAAUAAUGCUAUUUGUAGGAUGGCCUUGGGUAAAGCAUAUCGUGGCUUAAAGUUUAAAAACUUGAUGUCACAAAUGAUGUGUCUCUUAGGAGUUGUUAGCAUCGGCAGUUAUAUUCCAUGGUUGUCAUGGGUGGAUUGUUUGAGUGGUUUAAAUCACCGAACAAAGAAACUUUCUAAAGAGUUAGAUGAGUUUCUUGAAGGUGUUAUUGAAGAACAUAUAACUAAAAGAAGCGAGACGAAUGGUUUUGUUUGUGGGGUGGAUGAAUGUCAAGAUUUAGUAGACAUCUUGCUUGAUGUCCAGAAAGAAAAUGCUAAUACAGCUGAUGGCUUCAUCAUUGACAAAGAUUCCAUCAAAGGUGUCAUCUUGGACGUAUUUGCAGCCGGAACUGGUACAACAUCUACGAUUACAGAGUGGGCCGUUAGCGAGCUAGUAAGACAUCCACAAGUGAUGAAAAAAUUACAACAAGAAGUAACAAAAAUAGCUAAUGGAAGAUCUAUGAUUUAUGAGGAGGAUUUGGACAAAAUGAAGUACCUAAAGGCUGUCAUCAAAGAGACCCUUCGAUUUCACAUUCCAGUCCCACUACUUGUUCAGCGCGAAACCACUCAAGAUGUCAAACUUAUGGGCUAUGACAUCACGGCAGGCACAUCAGUGGUGAUCAAUGCUUGGGCGAUAGCUAGAGAUCCUACGGUGUGGGAAGAACCAGGAGAGUUUAAACCCGAGAGGUUCUUGAACAGUUCCAUUGAUUAUAAGGGGUUACAUUACGAGUUCAUUCCAUUUGGCGGUGGACGAAGAGGGUGUCCGGGCAUUCAUUUUGCCAUAGCGGUUAAUGAGCUUGCUUUAGCAAAUUUGGUAUACAAAUAUGACUUUUCAUUGCCAAAUGGAAAAGGAGGGGAAGAAUUGGACAUGAGUGAGAUAUUUGGGCUUACCGUGCAUAAGAAGUUCCCUUUGCUACUUGUUGCAACUCCUCGGUUCUAG